CGUGUCGGAGGACCGCAGCGUGGCGGCGGCCGUGUCUGUAGCGACGGCAGGCCGUAGGGCAGUCAGGAGGUUUCCGGUUCCGGUGUAACGUUCGGCCUCCGUCUCAGGGGCUGAAGUUUGUGAGGUGUAGUAUUGAAUCCCAUUUGAGCUGUCAUUCUCCUUUUUUGGGAAAAUGGCACUGUCUAAGAGGGAGCUGGAUGAGCUGAAACCAUGGAUAGAGAAGACAGUGAAGAGGGUACUGGGUUUCUCAGAGCCCACAGUGGUCACAGCAGCACUGAAUUGUGUGGGGAAGGGCAUGGACAAGAAAAAGGCAGCUGACCAUCUCAAACCUUUUCUUGAUGAUUCUACACUCCGAUUUGUGGAUAAACUGUUUGAAGCUGUAGAGGAAGGCCGAAGCUCCAGACAUUCCAAGUCUAGCAGUGACAGGAGCAGAAAACGAGAGCUAAAGGAGGUGUUUGGUGAUGACUCUGAAAUCUCCAAGGAAUCAUCAGGAGUAAAGAAGCGACGAAUACCCCGUUUUGAGGAGGUAGAAGAGGAGCCGGAGGUGAUCCCUGGGCCUCCAUCAGAGAGCCCUGGCAUGCUGACUAAGCUCCAGAUUAAACAGAUGAUGGAGGCAGCAACACGACAAAUCGAGGAGAGGAAAAAACAGCUAAGCUUCAUUAGCCCCCCGACACCUCAGCCAAAGACUCCUUCUUCAUCCCAGCCAGAGCGACUUCCAAUAGGCAACACUAUACAGCCUUCCCAGGCUGCCACUUUCAUGAAUGAUGCCAUUGAGAAGGCAAGGAAAGCAGCUGAACUACAAGCUCGAAUCCAGGCCCAGCUGGCACUGAAGCCAGGGCUCAUUGGCAAUGCCAACAUGGUGGGCCUAGCUAAUCUCCAUGCCAUGGGCAUUGCUCCCCCGAAAGUAGAGUUAAAAGAUCAAACGAAACCUACACCACUGAUCCUAGAUGAGCAAGGACGGACUGUAGAUGCAACAGGCAAGGAGAUUGAGCUGACACACCGCAUGCCUACACUGAAAGCCAAUAUUCGCGCUGUAAAGAGGGAACAGUUCAAGCAGCAGCUCAAAGAAAAGCCAUCAGAAGACAUGGAGUCCAAUACUUUUUUUGACCCCCGAGUCUCAAUUGCCCCUUCCCAGCGCCAGAGACGCACUUUUAAAUUUCAUGACAAGGGUAAAUUUGAGAAGAUUGCUCAACGAUUACGGACAAAGGCUCAACUGGAGAAGCUGCAGGCAGAGAUUUCACAGGCUGCUCGAAAAACAGGCAUUCAUGCUUCAACUAGGCUUGCCCUCAUUGCUCCUAAGAAAGAGCUAAAGGAAGGAGAUAUCCCAGAAAUCGAGUGGUGGGACUCUUACAUCAUACCCAAUGGCUUUGACCUUACAGAGGAAAAUCCCAAGAGAGAAGAUUAUUUUGGAAUCACAAAUCUUGUUGAACAUCCAGCCCAGCUCAAUCCUCCAGUUGACAAUGACACACCAGUUACUCUGGGGGUUUAUCUUACCAAGAAGGAACAGAAGAAACUUCGGAGGCAAACUCGAAGGGAAGCACAGAAGGAACUGCAAGAGAAAGUAAGGCUGGGCCUGAUGCCUCCUCCAGAACCCAAAGUAAGAAUUUCUAAUUUGAUGCGAGUAUUAGGAACAGAAGCUGUUCAAGACCCUACAAAGGUAGAAGCCCAUGUCAGAGCUCAGAUGGCUAAAAGACAGAAAGCUCAUGAAGAGGCCAACGCUGCCCGAAAACUUACAGCAGAACAGAGAAAGGUCAAGAAAAUUAAAAAGCUUAAAGAAGACAUUUCACAGGGGGUACACAUAUCUGUAUAUAGAGUUCGAAAUUUGAGCAACCCAUCCAAGAAGUUCAAGAUUGAGGCCAAUGCUGGGCAGCUGUACCUGACAGGGGUGGUGGUACUGCACAAGGAUGUCAACGUGGUAGUAGUGGAAGGGGGCCCCAAGGCCCAGAAGAAAUUUAAGCGUCUUAUGCUGCAUCGGAUAAAGUGGGAUGAACAGACAUCUAACACGAAGGGAGAUGGUAGCUGGGACUGCUAAGCCUGGUGGCACAUACAUGUAAUCCAGGGGGCUAGCCAGGCAUGAUAGCACACGCCUAUAAUCCCAGCACUUGGGAGGCUGAGGCAGCAGGAUCACCACCAGUUUGAAGCCAGCAUGGGCUACAUGGUAAGUUCAAGGCCAGCCUGAACUACAUAGCAAGACUCUUUCCAAAAAAAUAAAAAAAAUACUCGGGGCUAAGGCAGGAGGAUUGUUGAGAAUUUAAGGCCAUCCUGGACUACAUUGCAAGACCUUGUUUCUGAAAAAACCCCCAAAAUACCAAGUACCUGGGACUACACAAAUGUACCACUGUGCCUGGCUGGGAGACUUUUUAAAAAUUUAAGUGUGGUCCUCUUGUCAUACUUUUUGUCCUCAGUGUACUUAACAUACACUUUUGCACUAUAAUUAACCUAAACUUUCUUUUGCAAGUGUUAAAACAUUUUCAGGCUGGGGAUUUAGUUCAGUGGUUCUGCCGCCUGCCUCACAAGUACAAGGUCCCGAGUUCGAUCUCCGGUACCAAAAAAAAAAAAAA